UUGAUCGAACGGUACGCACGUCAUUAAACUCGCUCCAAAGUUUUAAACACACAAAUGAUGUGUGAAUAAAACUAUUAACUGUGCAAGUGAAUCGAUUAUUAAAAAUAAUAUGUAAAAAGUAACAAAAAUCGUGUAUACUUUGUGCAAAUAGUGUAAAUAAUCUUAAAGAAAAUAACAGAGAAGAAUGGAAACAGUGAAAAGUGGUCUAUUUGUACAUUAAUUUUAUUUAUUAGAGUUAGUAGAAUGAAGUGGUUUGCUCUGAACAUCGUUUUCCUUGUAGCAGUUCAACAUGGAAAUUCCAAAAACGAGGGCGAGGACUGCGUGAUCAGACACACAGACUCAGCGGGUGUGUGUACACUGGGCUCCAAGUGUGUGGCUGCCUUGAAUGAUUACCAGAGGAACGGCAUCCCUCCAACGUUAUGUUCGGAGCAGCGGUUCCCAUUCCUCGUCUGCUGCACUGACCUCACUGCGAUCAACAGUAAGAAAAAACAUGUUGAGUCAGUGCAACUUGCAACCCUGACUGAGACCCGGCCAGUUGCAACGACCCCUAAGAACCCUAACCCUGUUUUGAGGACCAAAAGAGUAAGCGAGAAAAAGUGCGAUGAAUACAGCAUGAGCAAGUCACAGACCAUCUCGGCGUCAAAGUGCGAAUACUACAAUCUCCCUCCAGGAGGAGUACACUCCAAGCCGGGGGAAUUUCCGCACAUGGUCGCCGUGGGGUGGAGAGCUGUGAACAGACAGGUGCUGUUUCUCUGCGGAGGGACUCUCAUCAGCUCACGCUUCGUGCUGACAGCAGCGCACUGCACGCAUAGCAACCUGACGUUGAGGAACGCCAGCCCGCAGAUGGUGCGGUUGGCUACCCUGAGUGUCGUCCCCGGCGCGCUCGCUGGCUCUACAUACGUGUUAAUUGAAGACAUCUACAAGCACCCUGGAUACAAGUCACCCUUCGCACGCCACAAUAUAGCACUGCUCAGGUUGAACGAAGACGUGGACUUCAGUGAUAUCAUCCGCCCGGCGUGUCUAUGGAGCAAGCCUGACUUACCGGGAUACAAGGCUUUUACCACGGGUUGGAAGGUUCUAGAACCCAAUACUACAAGUUGGAGCAUAUUGAAGAAGACUUCACUGAGUGUUUUGGACUGCAGCGAGACUCUGAAGGUAUCCCGUGGUGAUAUGCGGUUAGAUGAGCUGGUUUGCGCUGGGGAACCGGGAGAGAGACAGUCCACGUGCCAGAGCAAUCGCGGUUCACCGCUGCAGUUGGUGUCGCGCUCUGACAAGUGCAUGUUCCACGUGCUGGGGGUGAAGGCAUCGGAGACGUGGUGCAAGGACCAGAACCUGCCCGUGGUGUACACGAGGGUCUCCAGCUACUUGGACUGGAUCGAGGGAAUCGUUUGGCCCGGCGAAUCGUGACGCGAUACUAAUAAAUAAUAAUAAUUAAAAA